UUGAUGAACAGAGUUAUGUGAUAGAAACAUUUAUAUUUUGUACUUUUUAAUGCUUGGAUUUAUAAUUUUUACUGUAUAGGAUAUUUUAAGAAUUUUCAUAUUUAAUGUCGCUACAAUGUAAUGGGUUUUGCCAUAUUUAGAUGAAAGAAACUGAUUUAAAAAUUAAUCAUGUUUCUCAAAGAUGAAACUGAAAAGCAAAAUUUAUCCUCCAGCCAAGAAAACUCUAGCGAUGAUCAAAUGCCAUCAUUUUCUUAUAAUACAGAGCAAACUAUAAUGUUUCCAUAUGUUGGUCCUCCAGGUGCAGGACCAGGUCUUUUGGGCAGCAAACCUGGUUCUGGUAAAUUAGAGCAUCUUAUUGCUUUGGAGCAUCAUGCUUCUAGUUUGAAGAGUGCCUUAGCUAUUGCUGCUACUUUGAAAGGUGUAAAAACAAGACUCAAUGCUGAAUUAAUUUAUGAUUCAGCAUGUGAUUUUGAAAAUGAAUGGAAAAGUUUUAGUGAGAGUAUUGCAAGACCCCGUCAAGAAUAGUACAAGCUCAUUAUAAACUCCAUUUACUGUCUUUCCAUGCAAAAAAUGCUCAUGUUUUACUUAUACAUAUAAGAUUAUUUAUUUUCACAAGCAUCAGACAUCCAAAUAUUCUUUGUCAUUUGUUGAAGAUAUGUAGUUUUGCAAUCAUAUAUAUUAUAACAAAAUGAUAUAUAUGGCUCUUUGACAAUCUUUCUUAUGUUUUAAGAGAUUUAUGCAAUGAACAAAUGCUUAGAUUUUCCUUCUAAAAUGUGCAAUGUGCCAUGUACUAGUCAUUUAAAGACUAAUUUUUAAGAUAUAUAGUUAAAGUUGUUGCUCACUAGAAAGUAUUUAAUGUUGUGUCCAUGUUAUUUAUGAAACAAAAUGUCUGUUAACUUUUCUAACAGUUUUUGUAUGUAGUGUUAUGUAUUUAAAAUA